AUGACCAACUGGACUUUUGGGAAGAUUUCAAAAAAGGAGAAUCUUAUUUCAUCUUCGUCUACGGCAACUGGUGCUACUAAGCCAACAGCUUUGGUCGAUGCGGUGACUGCACCUAAUCAAGGCUUUGGCAUUCGAUCAUAUCUUCAUCAAUUCUAUCAGUCUCCUACUUUAGAGGAAAGUCCAACAUCUAGUGCAUGGUAAAG